AUGGGUAAGCCGAGACGCGGCUACAUCCCUCCCAUGAUAGUCUCUGGCUCCGAUAGUAUCCAUGUUGAUCCCCUUCCCGACGGAUGGGCAAGACGUGUCCGGGAUCAGCCCCCAGUCUCCGAUAGCUGCCGGCAGCUCGCCGCUCUCCCAAUGCGACGGGAGCUGGUGUUCCGAGAAGGUUACAACCUAGACGAUCCAGAGCUGGAAAAUAUUCUCGAUCCGGACUUCAACAUCCAAGAGGCAGAAAACAUACAAACCACCUUUCUCAAUGCCUUAAAUUCUGUGGGACCCCAGACCCUGGCUGAAGCCGAGCUCCUCGCUCAAAUUAAGUGGGAGGUCGAAGAGGAUAUGGCCGCCGUUCAAUCUGAGGAACGAGCUGAGCAGAGGUACAUGAUGGGCGUGCGGCAAGAACCACACGAAGCUGAGCAGGAAAAGCAGGAAGGGAGAGACCGAUUUGCCGCUUUCCAGAAAGAACUUCGUCAACUGAGAGAAGGACAGCGUGACAAUACCACUCAAGCUUCCAAUUAG